UCGUCCCUUUGAAACUACUACUACCGUUUGGUUUUCUUGCUCUUGCUCUUGUCUUGUCUUGUCUUGUCUUGCUUGCAUGAUUGUUGAUCAAUCAUCGGCUGCCUCGAAAGAGUUAGGUGCCUGACCUGGUAUACCUACAUAUUGAUACAUCUACUCUUAUAUGACUCUCAUACGCUUCUGCGUACAUACAUCGUACAUACGUUUCGUUUUGUUUCGUAUCUGCAACUCCGGCUCUAGUGUCCGCGCAUAUAUCGCAUUGGGGGGGACAACUUUGGAUCAAUCAUAACUCUACUCUACUUCUGCUGCCACAUCGCAUCGCAUCGCAUCGCAUCGAAUCGAAUAUCCUCUUUUUUUGGCACCCGAAUACCUCGAUUAUACUCGGGGAUCCGUUACUACGACACUGGGGCCUAACGUCGUUUCCAGGCACAGAUCUCGUAUCCUCGUAUCCUCGUUAAAUUGUCUUUUGCGUCCACUUGGUAUUCAGCUUGUCGCUUGCUGCCAACAAUUUCUUACAUCCGACUCCUUUGUGCAAGGCCAACUGCCAACUUUCUUUCGCUCGUCGUCCCGUUGCACAUACGUUUUUGUUCCGUCUCAUCUUGCUCUGCCUUGUUUAUUUUGCUCCCCGAAAAUAAAAAAUUCUCAGUCCAACCGGUACUACGAGUCAAAAUGACGAGCUGCAUUGGAGGUUUCCGCGCCUUUACGGCAAGAUUGCAGAAACUCAUCGGCGUCAAGUCCUCUAAGCCUGUUUCCGAGAAGCCGGCGCUGCAGAUUUCAGCACCGUUCAACUUCAAGCACGAGACGCUCUCGUUGCCGGGUGUGUCGGAAGAUGAGAUCGCGAUUCUGAAGGAGCAAGCAGCCGCAUCCCGCUUUGGAGCCGCUAACUCGUCGUCCUUCGGCACUCCGCGCAAGGCCCCGGCUCCGCCUUCUUCGCUACGUCCCGUUACGCCUGUGCUGAAGGUGACUCCAAGCACCCCUAUAUCACCCAUCGAAAACCUCAUUUAAAGCUGGCUGAGGGAUCUCUUCUCUAGACCAUUUUUGGAAAUGGAGGAAACGGAUAACAGGUUUGGCUGUAUCCGCGGAUCUCCUAGCUUCCUCGACACUUUACAUAAUAGGCGGUCACCCGACGAACGAAUUCACGAACACAGAACACGGCAACAUAGUACAUGGGGCUUGGCGUGUAGGAUACCAAGCGUGCUUGCUGCAUUAGACUUUGCUUUUUAUUUUUCUUAUAAGCAUUUCACCCAU